AUGGGGAGAUAUACAUAUAUAGUGAGACCAAUUACCACAAUUAGAAGAAGUGAAGGUUAUACGAAAACAUCUGAACAGGGCAUUUCUUUAACAGAUGAAAAUUUGAAGAAAUCAUUUGAAAAAAUAUCAACAGGCACCCCACCAAGAGCAAAAAUUAAUAAUAUUUUAAAUUUUUUAGUAAACUCCAAAAUGCUAAAUUCUAACUGGUCAAAACUUGAAAUAAUUGAUGAAUUAUACAGAAGAAAAGUUGAUAAAAAACUCUCUUUUCAUUUAAAUGUGUUAUAUGGAUUGGGGUCUAAAGGAAUACACUUAAAUAAAAAAGGAAUUAUUUCUCCUAUACUAUUCUUGCCCUUAUUAGACUACCAUCAAUUUCAGUGCAUUGUGCAGAUAAUGAAAAUAGCUGACAAGGAGAAACAACUUGGAGUACACGAACAAAAUGAAUUCAUUGAAAAUUUCUUUAAAAAAUAA